CCGCAACGAUAGUUUCAAAUCGGUUAUACAGAAAGUAGUCGGUCCAUCAAAGGUUUUAAAACAUUUAUAAUACGAAUCAAUUUUGUUAUCGAUCCAUGUAUGUAGUCAUCAAGUCAAUUAGAGAAAUAGGCAUUUGGACGCACAGGUGUGGUUUCACACAAUGAUUGGUUUAGUCUUCAGAAACGUCCAAUAUGUGUAGACCUUGGCUGCUGCCAAUUUUCCUGUCUGUCCAAGUCAUAUGCCAUUCCAUUCAAUUUGGCAUAAUGCACUACCUAUCAGUUCCUAUUUAUGAAAUUGAAAUACCAUCGAAUAAAUGUGCUGACUAUGUAGAUGUGGAGUACAAACAAAAGGCUAACUUGGUUUUCCAUAUAAACCUAAUUUUGGUCAUCGAUGAAAGUCAAAUUGAGUGGAAGGGCAGGGCAUACAUUCAUAGUGGCGGCAUCGGCUACAACUUCACCACCUUAAGAUUAAAAUAUAUCCAGCCAGAGGUAGCGAAAGUCAAUGUGCUCAUCUACGGUAUACCCAGGUUGGAGCUUUGUGCACUAACAUAUAUAUAUUCUAAACACUAA